AUGCAGUUCCUCGGAAUUUGCGCUGUCUUCGCCCUCUGCGCUUCAGCCGCCCUUGGUCAAGGGACAGUAUCUGUGUCAUACGACCAGCUGUACGACGACGGCUCCGAGUCCUUGAACUAUGUUGCAUGCUCCGACGGCCCCAACGGCCUGGAGCAAUACGGCUACACGACCCUCAGCACUCUUCCUAACUUCCCGAAUAUCGGAGGUGCCCAAGUCGUUACGGGCUUCGGCUCGGCGGAGUGCGGGACUUGUUGGCAACUCGCCUACGACUCGUACACCAUCAACGUCCUCGCCAUCGACUCUACCGCUAACGGCUUCAAUAUCGCGCUGGAGGCGAUGAACAACCUGACGAAUGGUCAGGCCGUAUUCCUGGGAAGGGUCAAUGCUACGGCCACUCAGUUGGACGCUAGCGACUGCGGAUUGGGCGAGAAGCCAGACAAUCCUAACUAA